CUUUCACCAUCACCCUCCCUCCCUCUCUCUCUCUCUAAAAAAGGGACCUCUUUUACUGGCACAGUUCACACGGGGUAGGGUUUUAAUCUUUACUCUCUCUCUCUCUCUGAGCUGAAACAAGACAAUCGGAGGAGCUGAAGUGGAAGAUAGAACGAAACCCUAACCCUAGAACUUCCCGGUCCUCCAUGUCCGGCUUGACUUCCUGCAGCUCAAAACCCUUGCUCCUGAGCUGAGCCAUGUGUACAUUGACUUGCCUGCUCUAGCUGUUGACCCCCCCCAAUUUCCAUGCUCAUACUGACCCAUUUGCCUGAAUUUCACGUCAUGCUGCUCCCACCCCCACCCCAGGAGGUGAGCAGCUGAGCAUCCCCUUCUUCCCUGCCCUGCAUUGCUGUUUCCUGCUAGGGUUACCUGCUCUCGUGCUGGAGGUGUUCAGAGCUCUGUUGGGUUCUUAACUCGGGUGUGUUAUGGAAUUAUUGGCCUCUCGGAGCAGUUGAGAGCUGAAGCCAUGGAAGGGGACGAGAAAAACCUGGUCCUGGCAUGUGUAAUUUCUGGGACCCUUUUUGCGAUUUUGGGUUCGGGUUCAUUUUCGAUCCUCUGGGCAGUGAAUUGGCGACCGUGGAGGAUUUACAGUUGGAUCUUUGCCAGAAAAUGGCCUGCUGUUCUGAAAGGGCCCCAGCUGGGUAUGCUAUGCGGAUUUCUUUCUUUGUCUGCGUGGAUGAUUGUUUUGUCUCCCAUUCUGGUUAUUAUCAUAUGGGGAUGCUGGUUAACUGUGAUACUGGGUCGAGAUUUGGUUGGUUUGGCUGUUAUAAUGGCGGGCUCUGCUCUUUUGUUGGCCUUCUAUUCAAUCAUGCUUUGGUGGAGAACCCAGUGGCAAAGCUCAAGGGCUGUUGCGCUUCUUCUCCUCUUGGCGGUUUCCCUACUUUGUGCAUAUGAGCUUUGUGCUGUGUAUGUCACAUCGAGUGGAGCAUCAGUGGAAUAUUCCCCUUCUGGUUUCUUUUUUGGCGUAUCGGCAGUUGCAUUGGCUAUCAACAUGCUUUUUAUAUGCAGAAUGGUCUUUAACGGAAAUGGCUUAGAUGUGGAUGAGUAUGUUCGGAGGGCUUAUAAAUUUGCAUAUUCUGAUUGUAUAGAAGUGGCUUCCAUGUCAUGUCCUCCAGAGCCACCAGAUCCUAAUGAGUUGUAUCCUCGACAGUCCAGUAGGGCUUCUCAUCUUGGAAUCCUCUAUGCUGGCUCCAUUCUAGUUCUGCUCGUGUACUCCAUCUUGUAUGGUUUGACUGCAAAGGAAGCUCCUUUACUUGGAGCUAUUACAUCAGCUGCCAUUGUAAUACUUGAUUGGAAUGUUGGGGCAUGCUUGUAUGGGUUUAAGCUUCUGAGGAGCCGCAUAUUGGCUCUUCUUGUUGCUGGGACAUCCCGAGUUUUCCUCAUCUGCUUCGGAGUUCAUUACUGGUACUUAGGGCAUUGCAUCAGUUAUGCACUUGUGGCUUCAGUUCUGCUAUGUGCAGCUGUUUCUCGUCAUCUAUCAGCUACGAAUCCUUUAGAAGCUCGCAGAGACGCUCUACAGAGCACAGUGAUUCGACUGAGAGAAGGUUUUCGAAGAAAAGAGCAUAACAGUUCCUCUAGCUCUUCUGAAGGUUGUGGCUCAAGUAUGAAGCGCAGUAGCAGUGUUGAAGCUGGUCAUCUCGAAGCCACUUGCAGGGCUACAACACAGAUCACUGGCGAAACAAAUAACUGGAACAAUGCUGUUUUCUGCCGUACUGGUAGUUCUCAGGAGGGAAUUGUGAGUGAUAAGAGCAUUGAUAGUGGGCGGCCAAGCUUAGCCCAGAGAAGUAGCUCAUGCCGCUCUCUUGUUCAAGACACUGAAACAGGAGCUUACUUUGCUGAUAAGAAUAUUGAGCCUAAUAGCUCCCUGGUGGUUUGUUCUAGCAGCGGUCUUGAAAGCCAAGGGGGCGAGUCCAGCACAUCUUCUACAAAUCAGCACACGUUGGAUCUGAACUUAGCUCUUGCAUUUCAGGAGAGACUUAGCGAUCCAAGGAUCACGUCUAUCUUGAAAAAGCGGGGAAAACAGGGUGAUAUUGAGCUGGCUAACUUACUGCAGAAUAAAGGGUUGGAUCCUAAUUUCGCGAUGAUGUUGAAAGAGAAGAGCUUGGACCCCACUAUCUUGGCUUUAUUGCAGAGGAGUAGCCUCGAUGCAGAUAGAGAUCACCGUGAUAAUACUGAAGCUGCAGACUCAAACAGUGUUGACAAUGUUUUGCCUAAUCAGAUUUCCCUGUCUGAAGAACUGAGGCUUCGGGGCCUCGAAAGGUGGCUUCAGUUGUCUCGGUUUCUUCUGCACCACAUAGCUGGCACACCAGAAAGGGCAUGGGUCAUUUUUAGUUUUCUCUUCAUUCUUGAGACAACAAUUGUGGGUGUUUUUCGUCCGAAGACAAUUAAAAUUAUAGAUACGACACACCAACAGUUUGAGUUUGGCAUUGCUGUACUUCUACUGUCGUUGGUUGCCUGUUCUAUAAUGGCUUUCCUUCGGUCCCUUCAAGCGGAAGAACUUGCCAUGACUUCUAAACCAUUGAAGUAUGGUUCUGUCGCUUGGAUUCUUAGCACUUGCGUUGGAUUGCUGCUUUCAUUCUUAAGCAAGUCUUCGGUUCUACUUGGAUUAUCGUUGACAGUCCCUCUCAUGGUAGUAUGCCUUUCUAUUGCCAUUCCCAUAUGGAUCCACAAUGGCUAUCAGUUUUGGGUUCCUCGUGAGCAAAAUGCGGACCUUCCAGGAAAUCACCGAGCCCCUGGGAAAAAGGAGGUAAUUCUUCUAGUCAUUUCCAUAUCGCUAUUUGCUCUAUCAGUGGUGGGUCUGGGCGCAAUCGUUUCAGCCAAGCCAUUGGAUGAUUUGAGAUACAAGGGAUGGACUGGUGGUGGAGAAACCUUUAGCUCUCCAUAUGCUUCAUCAGUUUACCUGGGGUGGGCCAUGGCCUCUGCAAUUGCUCUAAUCGUAACUGGUGUUCUUCCUAUUGUAUCGUGGUUUGCCACAUAUCGUUUCUCCCUCUCUUCUGCUAUAUGUAUUGGGAUAUUCACAGCCAUCCUUGUGGCAUUCUGUGGUGUAUCCUACUUGGAGGUUGUGAAGUCGAGAGAUAACCAAGUUCCAACCAAUGGCGACUUUCUUGCGGCUUUACUUCCUUUACUGUGCAUUCCUGCAGUUCUAGCACUUUCUUCAGGUUUAUAUAAAUGGAAAGAUGAUAAUUGGAGACUUUCUCAAGGUGUGUUCGUGUUUGUGAGCAUAGGCCUCCUUCUUCUGCUAGGCGCAAUAUCAGCUGUCAUCGUUGUGAUCAGACCUUGGACUAUUGGAGCAGCGUUUCUCCUAGUUCUUCUUUUCAUCGUGCUUGCUAUUGGUGUCAUACACCACUGGGCCUCAAACAAUUUCUACUUGACGAGGACACAGAUGUUCUUAGUGUGCUUCCUUGCUUUUCUUUUGGCUUUGGCUGCGUUUCUUGUUGGGUGGUUUGAAGAGACACCCUUUGCUGGAGCAUCUGUUGGGUACUUUUCCUUCUUGUUUCUUCUCGGUGGAAGAGCCUUGACUGUUCUUCUUUCACCACCUAUUGUAGUCUAUUCUCCUAGGGUGCUUCCUGUAUAUGUUUAUGAUGCGCAUGCUGAUAGUGGGAAGAAUGUUAGUGUUGCUUUUCUUGUGCUUUAUGGGAUUGCAUUGGCAAUUGAGGGCUGGGGUGUUGUUGCUAGCUUGAAGAUUUAUCCACCGUUUGCUGGUGCUGCAGUUUCGGCUGUUACUCUUGUUGUAGCCUUUGGAUUUGCUGUUUCUCGUCCAUGUUUAACUCUAGAGAUGAUGGAGGAUGCUGUUCAAUUCCUCAGUAAGGAGACAAUUGUUCAGGCAAUCGCUCGAUCUGCAACUAAGACUAGAAAUGCUCUAUCAGGCACUUAUUCAGCCCCACAGAGGUCUGCCAGUUCUGCAGCACUUUUAGUUGGAGAUCCGACAGUUAUGCGUGAUAGGGCUGGGAACUUUGUCCUUCCUAGAGCUGAUGUCAUGAAAUUGCGGGAUCGUCUCAGAAAUGAGGAGCUAGUUACAGGAUCUUUCUUCUAUAAGAUGAGAUAUCGAACUUUCCGCCAUGACCGAGUUGGUGAUGUUGAUUACAGACGAGAAAUGUGCGCUCACGCACGAAUUCUAGCUCUCGAAGAGGCUAUUGAUACCGAAUGGGUUUAUAUGUGGGACAAAUUUGGAGGCUAUUUGCUUCUAUUGCUUGGUUUGACCGCGAAGGCUGAGAGAGUACAGGAUGAAGUUCGUUUAAGACUCUUUCUUGAUAGCAUUGGGUUUUCUGAUCUGAGUGCUAAGAAGAUUAAGAAGUGGAUGCCUGAGGAUCGCAGACAAUUUGAAAUUAUUCAGGAGAGCUAUAUGCGGGAGAAGGAGAUGGAAGAGGAGAUGUUGAUGCAGCGACGAGAAGAGGAGGGCAGGGGCAAGGAAAGAAGAAAAGCUUUGCUAGAGAAAGAAGAACGCAAAUGGAAGGAGAUUGAAGCGUCUCUUAUAUCAUUAAUACCUAAUGCUGGGAACAGGGAGGCGGCAGCAAUGGCUGCUGCAGUUCGUGCUGUUGGAGGAGAUUCUGUUCUCGAUGAUUCUUUCGCACGAGAAAGAGUUUCUAACAUUGCCCGUCGUAUACGAGCCACUCAAUUGGCUAGACGAGCCCUUCAGACUGGAAUUGCUGGUGCUGUCUGCAUCCUUGACGACGAACCGACCACAAGUGGGAGACACUGUGGUCAGAUUGAUCCUAGUAUAUGUGCUAGUCACAAGGUUAGCUUCUCCUUUGCUGUAAUGAUCCAGCCUGAGUCUGGCCCAGUUUGUCUUUUGGGCACUGAGUUUCAGAAGAAAGUAUGUUGGGAGAUUGUUGUGGCUGGUUCAGAACAAGGCAUAGAGGCGGGACAAGUCGGGCUUCGAUUUAUCUGUAAGGGCGACAAGACCACUAUGGCAAAGGAUUGGAGCAUCAGUGCAACUAGUAUUGCUGAUGGAAGGUGGCACUUAGUUACAGUAACUAUAGAUGCUGAUAUUGGAGAGGCGACGUGUUACCUAGAUGGUGGUUUUGAUGGGGACCAUACGGGUUUGCCAUCAGCCGGGGGGAACAGCAUACUGGAAGAGGGGACAGAAGUUUGGAUUGGUGUCAAACCUCCAAUAGAUUUAGACGCUUUUGGGAGAUCAGAUAGUGAGGGAGCUGAACCUAAGAUGCAUAUAAUGGACGUUUUUCUCUGGGGUCGGUGUUUAACAGAGGACGAGGUUGCGGCCCUUCAUACUGCCGUUGGAGGCUCAAUUGAACUCAGCACCGUGGACUUCCGUGAUGAUACUUGGCAAUGGGCAGACUCUCCCUCCCGAGUUGACGAAUGGGAUAGUGACCCUGCCGAUGUGGACCUAUGCGAAAGGGAUGAUGUGGACUGGGACGGACAAUAUUCCAGUGGGAGGAAGAGGAGGACAGAACGCGAUGGUGGGGUGGCUGUUGACAUGGAUUCUUUUACGAGGAGGUUUAGGAAACCAAGGAUGGAGACACAGGAAGAGAUCAAUCAGAGGAUGCUAUCAGUUGAAUUAGCAGUCAAGGAAGCUCUGACUGCAAGAGGUGAAUCUCAUUUUACUGACCAAGAAUUUCCUCCCAACGAUCAAUCUCUGUUUGUGGAUCCUGAGAAUGCCCCGCCAAAGUUGCAGGUCGUCUCUGAGUGGAUGAGGCCUACCGAUAUAAUAAGAGAGGGCCGCUUAGAUUGUCGACCUUGCUUAUUCUCAGGAGCUGCCAACCCAUCUGAUGUCUGUCAGGGGCGGUUGGGUGACUGUUGGUUCCUGAGUGCGGUUGCUGUCUUAACUGAAGUUUCACGUAUAUCGGAAGUGAUUAUUACACCAGACUAUAACGAAGAAGGAAUUUACACCGUCCGCUUCUGCAUUCAGGGCGAGUGGGUCCCAGUAGUCGUGGAUGAUUGGAUUCCUUGUGAAUCACCGGGCAAACCAGCAUUUGCCACCAGUAGGAAGGGCAAUGAGCUCUGGGUGUCUAUGCUAGAGAAAGCUUAUGCUAAAUUGCAUGGGUCUUACGAGGCUCUAGAAGGCGGACUCGUUCAGGAUGCGCUCGUGGACCUCACAGGAGGUGCUGGUGAGGAGAUUGAUAUGAGAAGUGCCCAGGCCCAGAUCGAUCUUGCAAGCGGUAGGCUCUGGUCUCAAUUAUUGCGUUUCAAGGACGAGGGCUUUUUGCUCGGUGCUGGAAGCCCAUCGGGAUCUGAUGUGCAUGUUUCCUCAAGCGGCAUUGUGCAAGGGCAUGCUUACUCACUCUUGCAGGUAAGAGAAGUGGAUGGUCACAAACUCGUGCAAAUCCGAAAUCCAUGGGCCAAUGAGGUUGAAUGGAAUGGUCCGUGGUCGGAUUCUUCACCCGAAUGGACAGAUCGAAUGAAGCACAAGUUGAAACAUGUCCCGCAGUCAAAGGAUGGGAUAUUUUGGAUGUCUUGGCAAGACUUUCAGAUACACUUCCGGUCAAUAUACGUGUGUCGGGUCUACCCCCCAGAGAUGCGAUACUCUGUUCACAGCCAAUGGCGAGGAUACAGUGCUGGUGGUUGUCAGGACUACGAAAGCUGGCAUCAAAAUCCGCAGUUCCGCCUCCGUGCCAAUGGGUCUGAUGCAUCAAUGCCGAUUCAUGUAUUUAUUACCCUGACUCAGGGUGUGAGUUUCUCGAGAACAGCUGCUGGAUUCAGAAACUAUCAAUCAAGUCAUGACUCGAUGAUGUUCUAUAUUGGAAUGAGGAUACUGAGGACCCGGGGCCGGCGAGCCGCCUACAACAUCUACCUGCAUGAAUCAGUUGGUGGGACUGAUUAUGUGAACUCCCGAGAAAUCUCGUGUGAGAUGGUGCUCGAUCCUGAUCCCAAGGGUUAUACAAUAGUGCCCACAACUAUACAUCCCGGGGAAGAAGCACCCUUCGUUCUCUCAGUCUUCACCAAAGCAUCGAUAAUCCUGGAAGCUCUGUAGGGCAAAACAGAUAGAUGACUUCUUGAUUGCAAUUACCAUCCCCGAGCAUUGAUCAGGUCCGGUGCUGUUGAGGGGCACGUACAGGCAUGCUUCUGAACCACAAAUCUUGGCUCGUAGCAAUGGAGUAAGUUGGAACCAGUGUUCACCGUGGGCUUUUUUUUCAUGACAAAUAUCUAAGAUGCCCGACUUAUCCUUCUGUCCCUCUAUUCUGUGAUGUACCUCAACAUCAAAAUGUGGUUCAGUGCCAUGGCAUGGCCUCAGAGGUUGCCGAGAUUCGAGCAAUACUUGUCCUGGAGGUGCAGAAAGGCUCUACACGAUGGCGAUUCCUGCAGAGUUCAGCUUUGAUUGUUAGAAAGGAAAUGUCCUCUUUGGUCAUCAAGUGGCGCUUGAGUUCUCGGCCUUGGGCCUCCCGUGAACCGUUUCCUAGGAGUUGGAUCAUAGGGUCAUGCCACUGUCCAUCGGGGGGGUUCUCGGGAUCAGUUGUACAUGAAUGAGUAGCUGCAGAGGGUAAGAUGUUUAUGUUAACCCAAAAAGAAUUAGGUCAAAAUAGUCGGAAGGUUACAGGAAAAUUAGUUUUAGGAAUUUUUCUUGCUGUAGCUGAUUUAAAGUGUAUAGUUUCCAGCUGCGUCCUGUGAACAAUCUCAUUGUUCAUACAAUUUUCGGACUAGGAAAUGUUUUAACACUUCUCACCCUUACACUUCCUCGUA